CUGCACCUCGCAUCGUUUUAAGGGUUUUAACGGCCAUGGCGGAAGAUGAGGUUCCCCAGGGCGUCAUCGUCUGUGUCCGCUUGCGGCCCAUGUUUGUGAAGCGGCCGGAUGGCACACCAGGGCGAGAGGCCACAUGCCAACGGGUGGUGGAGAUGGAAGGCAAGGCCGAAAAAGGUGUGGGCUGUGCUGUCACCAAGAUCUAUGAUCCAGCGGAUAUGAGUGCAGAACCGCGCUCCUAUGCAUUUGACCGCAGUUGGUGGAGCUGUGAUGGCUCCACCGAUGAUCCAGAGAGACCGGGCUUCAGAAUACCUGAUGGCCCAAACUCCAAAUAUGUGGAUCAGGACAUGGUUUGGUCGGAUAUUGGGCAAAUUGUCAUGAAAAAUGCCCUGAAGGGCUACAAUUGCACUGUCUUUGCAUAUGGCCAAUCUGGCUGUGGCAAGUCCUACUCGGUGGUCGGGGAUUCACCCAACUGGGGGAUCAUUCCUAGAACCGUGAAAGCACUCUUCGACGUGGUCGAUGGUAAUACGGACCCCGAUGUGCGCUUUCACGUUGAGAUUGCCAUGGUGGAAGUCUACAUGGAUGAAGUCUAUGACCUUCUUGAACCCCGGAAGAAGGAACGGCAGAAGCUCAAUGUUUUCAACAACAAGGGAGAGGUCUUCAUCUACGACCCAAAGGACCGAAAGAACAUGGACAAGAUUUGGAGGGCCUGCAGCAACCACGACAAGGCGGAGUCGUUCAGGAAGAUGGGAGAUGCGAAUCGGUCGAUCCGAGCCACUGGCAUGAACCCGGAAUCCUCGCGUGGACACACUCUCUUCAUCCUUCGCUUUAGGAAGGAAGUGAAGCGCGGAGGUUGGGUGGAGGAGUUUCGAUCCAAGCUUUGCCUCGUCGAUUUGGCCGGCAGUGAACGAGCCCAUGACACCGGAUUGACGGGUGUUGGUUUGGAGGAAGGUAUUGCCAUCAAUCAGUCCCUGUCAGCUUUGGGGCAAUGCUUGGUUCAACUUUGCAAAGGUGAACGUGUGAAUUACAGUGACAAACUGACCAAGUUGCUGGCAGAAAGUCUGGGUGGAAAUGCUGUCACAGUGAUGAUCGCAGCCCUCUCACCUGCAGACAUUAACUACAACGACACGCUGUCCACACUCCGCUUCGCAGACAACGCCAAAAAGAUGCCGGUGAAGGUGAAGAAGCAACUGGAUCCCACGGCUGAACUCAUCCGACAGUUGCAGGAGGAGAAUGCCAAGUUGCAGGCUCAACUUCAAUCCAUGGGAAGCGAGGAAAUCGAGAAGGAACGCCGUGAAUGGGAAGAGAAGCUGGCGGCUGCGGACAAGAAGGUGUCGGAAUCGCAGAAGGCCUUGGAAGACAUGAAGGCGAACGCCGAGUCCAGCACUCGCGUCCACCUGGUACGCGCCAAGACCGGUGUAGAGGAAGAGGAACUCAGUGUGGAAGAACUGGAAGCCAAGGUGAAGGAGUUGGAAGAGAUGAAGAACAACAGCGACAGCAGAUUGGAGGAGCUGAAUCUGGAGAUCACCCGGCUGCAAGCGCGAAUCCAAGACCUUGGUGGUCCCGAAGAGGCUCAACAGGAGCAAGAUGAGUUGGUGGAUUUGAUGCGCAACAAGAGCACUUCGCAAGUGCAGAAUGCUUCGAUCCAAGAGCAGCAGAAGGAGACCCUGGCGAUGCUGAUGGAAGCGCGUCUGGGUGAGAUCGAACGGCUCCAAGAUGCCCGUGACGCGGUACGCCUGGAGAUUUUGAAGGUCAAGAAGAACGGGGGAGACGACACGAGUUCCCAGGAUGAAUGCCUGGCAAAGCUGGAAGAACAGUUGGUGUUGGCCCGCCAGGACUGCGAGAAGAUGAGUGAGAAGGCAGCAGAGGUUGGCAUGGGAAAGAUCUUCCAUGCUGCGAUUCUGGCACUGCAGCGGCAAGACGAAGACUCGAAGGUCCAGUACCUGCAGGACCAGCUGUCCAUUCUGCAAGCUUCCGCUGACCAGGAUCACGCCCAGGUGAAACGUCUCGAGGAGGAAAGCGUCAAAGCCUUGGCAGAAGCUGAGAAAGCGGCACAAGCGGCCAGGGAUGCGGCAGAGCACGCCCUGCAAGAGAAGAUGGAGCAAGUCCAAGCCAUGGCCGCGGAAAGGGACGAGGCGCGGACCGAGGCCUCGAGGCUGCGGGAGGAGGGCGGAAGUUACAAGGAGGACCUGCAAGAGAAACAGGAAGCCAUUGCGGCCAUCAUCAGAUCUGAGAUGCAAUCCUGGGAGGACAAGCUGAAGAAAGCGGAUGAAUCCGAGUUGGUGCUCAAGAAGUCCUUUGAGAAUAUGGGUGUCAGCAUGCAGGACAUGAUGGCGAUGAUCACCCAAGGUACUGGUUUCGGAGGUAAAGGUGCUUCCAUUUGCCACUUUGUGAACCUUUGUGAAGAUGCGCAUGAUGAUGGCUUGAUCUACAUGAUCCCACCCGGGACCACCAAGAUCAAGAAAUAUGAGGAUGAGGAUGAGGAGGUUUGCAUCAAAUUGGAUGGUGACAGUAUCAAACCCAUCCAUGCCAUCUUGGAGUCCUUGGAGUCCUCUGGGGUAACCAUCCACCCAGCCACUGAGGGAGCUGUGCUUUGGGUCAACGGCAAUGCGUUGUCAAUGAAGGACAAGGUGAAGCUGGAGCAUGGAGCCCGUGUCAUCCUGGGCCAUGACUUUGUUUUCAGGUUCGUGGAUCCCAAGGCCCAGAAAAAGAAACGCGAGAAGAAUCCCAUGGCCGCCACGGGGGGUUUCGAUGAGAAGGGAGCCCCAGUAAUCAUCGAUUGGCAGUACGCCAUGUCGGAGCUCAGUCGCAAGAACGGCGUGGACGUGGAGGAGGAGAUCCGCAAGGCUCGUGAGAAGUUGAACGAUGAGAUGGCGCAACGAGAGAAGAAACUCGCGGAGGAGCAGAAAUUGUUGGAGGAGAAGAUGGUGCAGGAGAGGGAUGAGUACGAAAAGCAGAUCGAAGCAUUGAAGAAGAAAGGCCAGCGCAGCAGCGUUCAAGAUAAAGAGCAAGAGCAGAUGAAGGCUCAAAGUAUCCUCCACAAGUUCAAGGGCAAACUGGAGACUCAACGUGCACGCGCGCAAUGGGUGCGAGCAGCCUUCACCGCCGGGAAGGAUGAGCGCUUCGAACUGGACAUCCGCAUUUCGCGGCAGCAGAUGGCAGACCUCCAGCCCCGGAUGGUGGAGGCGAACCGCAUCGCUGAGGAAUUUGGGAUCCGGUACAGCUUUCACUUUGUGGAUGCAGUGGAUCCCAGGUCCCGUCGGGCGACCACCUUCGAUGAUGCCGGCGAUGAGGCGGCAGUGGCACCGAAGCGUUUGUUGCUGCAGAUGAAGGUGGACAACGCAGGCAAAGGCAAGGCGCAGCUGUGGUCCAUACAGAAGUUCAACGAUCGCUUCGUAAAGAUGUUGGCCUUUGCCGACCGGCCGGCCGGUCAGAGGGUCACGGAGGAGGACAGGGAUAUCUUCUGGGAUGACUUCGAACACCAACUCGUUGGCACGGCAGCCAUUGGAGUGACGCCUCUUCUGAAACUGGACCUGGUGCGGGAGUACAUCACGCUGAGGGAUUUCAGUGGCAACAUCACUGGGGCAGUUGAGGUGAGCAUGCGAAUGGCUUUGAGCUCCAAGCCUUCAAUGAUGCGCAUUAGCACAGCAGCGGGCUCUGGGGUCUUGAAAGACCAAGAGGUUGUUGGCAGUUUGUCCUUCGGCCGUCUCUCCUAUGAAAAUGCAGAAAGCAAAAACUGGGGCAGCUUCUUCGUUCGCUUCUCGUGGUUUGAUACAGAUGGGCGCAUGGAGCACAUGUCUCCAGCAUCGCAAGCACAGGAUUUGCAGUACACAUUUGACUUCAAGCAGGUUUGCACUGGCCCUUUCCUGAAGUUCCUUGAGGAGGGUGUGAUGGCCGUCCAGGUCCGAGCAUAUGACAAGGGAGUUGCUGCGGGUGAGCUGGACAUUGUGAAACAGAAAUUGAAGUUGACAGAAGAUGAAUUGGAUCGCAUGAAGAAGCAGGUAGAAGAGGAGAGAUCCAGAUACCAAGAAGAGCUCGAGGAGGCUCAGGAGCGUGUGACGCAAGCCAAAGAAGAGGCCAAGUUCGAAGCUGCCAAGGCCCAAGCAGCUGAAGCUCAGGCGGCCGCGGCGCAAGCGUCGGAAUCGGCCACCCCGGGGCCGCCACAGACAGCGCAGCCAGCGCCGGAGCAGGCGGAUGGGCCGUGGCAGGACAUGCGCUACGCAACGCUCGAGGAAGUCAAGGCUGAGCUCGUGAGGGCCCGGGGUCAGGUCUUCAAAAUCCAACAUGACAAGGAUGAUUUAAAAGAAAAGUUGCAAAGUUUGCAGGGCAACACGGGACGUGCGCGGCAACCAGCUGAUGGAGAGUUUCGACAUACGGACAUGGAACAAGCGCAUCAGCACAUCCUCUACUUGGAGACCAAGGUCCGAGCAAUGGAGGAACUGGAGAAAAGAAAUGAAACUUUGCAAAGGCAAGUGAGGGACCUGCAGAAGGAAAAGCAGCAGCAGCAAGGAGGUUGUGAGAUCUCCUAAGUUUACGCCGCGGUCAGCAUUGUUUCACCAGAGGGUCGGUGCCAACAGGGCACAACGGGGCGCACGGGGCACAACGGCGUAGCAGGAUUUCCGCUGAAAGCGAGCUGGAGCUUCGCUUGCUUCUGUCUCAGUGACCCAUCAGAAAUUCGCACCAAAAAAUCAUCCAAAA